AUGUAUCAUCAAGCGGCACGACAAAUCAUUCAAAUUCAACAACAAGUAACAAAAGCACGAUUCGACUUAAACCGUUCUGAUCCAAUCUAUAAAGCAAAUGACUCAGUGUUAUGGCGAAAACCUAGUCAUAUUUCAAAAUUCGAAGAACGUUACUCGGGUCCACAUAUUAUCAUUCAAGAACACCAUCCGAGCUACAUCAUACAAGAUCGAGAAACGGCGAUUCAACGGAAGGUUCAUACAGCUGAUUUACAACCAGUGUUCGAAAGAUGUAUCUAA